AGUUCUUUCUGUUUUACUUUACUUUUGUUUUUGCUUCUCAGCAAAAGAGACACCCGUACUUCUUUACCAAUUCAACACACAACGAAGGCGUUCAAAUCCAAAAUCAACACGCGCCGGCUCACGCGCUACCCUUCACUCCCCAGGCUCCGCUAAGAUGGAACAAACCACGCUGGAACAAGACCGACGACCUGAUCCGAAGGAUCCAACAGCUCACGCCCUGAACGGAAACGCGAAGAGCUCCGAUGAGGCCACCGCAGAAAAGCCACCGGUUUCGUCGGGAUCGGAAUCGAUGCGGUCGACGGAGGGAUCUGUUGAGCACGCAGCUUCACCGGGAAGCGUCAAGAAGUCGGUGCGGUGGAGUCCUGACUUGGUGACCGAAUCAACCUUCGUGUCGAGUCCCGAGGAAUCUCGUUCCAAUCCCUACUUUUCUUCAUCUUCUUCGUUCAACGUCACGGAUAAGGUGGAAACCGUUAGGAAUGUGCUUGGCAGGUGGAGAAGGAAGGUGGGAGAAGCUUCCCGUAAGGCUGAGACUCUUGCCGGAAACACUUGGCAGCACUUAAAAACAAACCCAAGUUUCACUGAAGCUGCUGUGGGACGAAUUGCCCAGGGAACAAAGGUACUUGCAGAAGGUGGUUACGAGAAAAUUUUCCUACGUACUUUUGACACAGUUCCAGGGGAACAUCUUCAAAAUUCUUUUGCAUGUUAUCUAUCCACAUCAGCUGGACCAGUAAUGGGAAUUUUGUAUAUAUCCACUGCAAAACUUGCUUAUUGUAGUGACAAUCCUCUUUCCUAUAAAUCCGACAACCAAACAGAAUGGAGCUAUUAUAAGCUAUUCUGGUUCUGGGAAAAUAACGAGUUUUUUCUUUGGUGGGGAGAGACUAAGAGUUGUCUUUUGAGGUGUCAUUUGCACCAAAAUUUAAUUACCCUGUGUUGUGCUGCUCAAAGACUCACUGAUUUGAACUUUUCAACAACUGCUUGCAGGAAUAAGGUAGUCAUCCCAUUACAUCAGCUAAAAGCGGUUAAUCCUUCGGCAAGCCGAGUCAAUCCCUCUGAAAAGUACAUCCAGGUGAUUUCUGCUGACAAUCAUGAAUUUUGGUAUAUGGGCUUCUUAAACUAUGAAGGUGCUGUUGAAUGCUUGCAAAACUUGUUUGAAGCCAGCAGAUUGCAAUCUGAAUAAUGGUCUGUCUGUAAUAUUUAGACUUUCAUUCACAUUACAUGUGCAUGUUGUUACAAGAGUUAUAGGUUGGUGGAUUCUUUUUUCUUUUAUUUUUUUUCUUUUUGUGUAGCUGUUGAUAAAUGCAUUUGGCACCAUUCAAAGUUUUGCCAAUUUUGUUGAUGUUAUUGUUAACUAAACCACAGGUUGUGUCUGGAUGAAUGGAUCAUUUAAGGGGAUCGAUCCGUUAGAGUAGUUUAGAUAACUAUUUUACAAUUUUAUUUAUUAUUUUAUGGAAUUCUAAUCA